UGAUGAGAAGCUGCGGUUUUUGUGAGUAGAUGAGCGUAGAAUUGCAAGAGCUCGGUUGAGGCAGCGAUAGUGAAGACUAGACCGAGGUCGUCGAAGAACAUGCACAAAAUGAACUGUAGCAGUUGGGGACACCAUCAAGAACGACAGUGCCAUUUGUGGCUACGGACACAAAGGUAGUCAUGCGAACAGAGCAAGCAAGAAUGCGGAUGAGGUGGACGACAGGAGGUGUAGCUCCGAGACAUCUGUUUCUUGCUCUGCUCCACUUUAGCAGCACCGCACUCCAUAUGAAUUGCAAAAGUAUCGUACUCGUAUAAAUGCAUUACAAAUUUUAUUUGUAAUGCUGAUUUACCUUGACAAAGAGAUUUGUAAUGCAUAAAUGCAAUGUUGACUACGAGUACGAUACAUUUGCACGGGAUACUCCAGCGCGUCCACGCUGUUCUCCGGACCGGCUCCCAACCGUGUCCUCCGGGGUAUACCCGAGACGCCCGAAGUUGCGACGGUGUGUGCGCGGACUGCGACUGCCUGCCCGGCUUCAAGUGCUGCUGUCGCGUGCCGCCGGGUUACUACUCGCUCGGGGACCGGGCAUUGCGGUGUCCGGGAGGAACCUACCAAGACGAGUUUGCGCAGUCCUAUUGCAAGGCCUGUCCAUCCACGGCCGGAAUCGUCUAUAACCCAGCGGCGACGGUGUUAUGUUAGUUUUUUUCUUUAGCGUAGUUCGAGUUCCAUCCUGCUCAUUCUGCGCGAAUGAUUCUACCCACGCAGAUAAGUAAUACUAUACGAGCCGCGAAUCAAAUUUGUAUUUGGAUUUGCGCGAAAACCCCAAAACAGCGCGUCCCAGCCACAUCUACUAUCAUACCUUCCACGGAGAGUGUGUGCGCCUUGGCAGCCUGUACGAGUGCAAACGUUGCUAUGGAUGUGUCAGAGUUGAAAUUGACAAAGUUGAAAUGAUUUGUCAUGCAUAAAAUGGAUGCCCGUUGGAACCCAGUUUUCAAGUGGCGCAAGACAAAUUUUGGUGGUCCCUAAAUCCAUUUUGUCAUGCUGUGUAGGCAAAGAAGGGCGAUUUUCUCAUGUUACUUUAGCAGCUCCAGCUGCAACCCCAAACAGGCUUACAAUCGGCCUCACUUGCCUGCUCUGCAAUACACGUGCCUCGGGUCAUCCAUUUUAUGCAUUGCAAAGUAUUUCAACUUCGACGAUUUCAAACCUGACGCUUCCAUAGUUGCAACGGACUGCCAGACGUCGGCACAGGUGGUAACGGCCAUGAGCGUAUCAAAUGCAAAAAUGUCUGGGUCUGGAAGAAUGCAACGUGUGAUGCUGCAUUAGGAUGUCUAAAAAAUUUGUGUUGCAUGAGCAGCAAAAGGAGUCUAAUUUUUGUUACGCGGAGAGGGCAUUUGUCAUGCGGAAUAGGCAUCAAGAAUCCCUCAAAAAACCUGUGAUGCUAGGGCAUGCAUCACAGACAUCACGGCUCAUGCAAACUGUGCAGGACAAGCCUCAGAAUCUCCCAGACCCAGACACUUUUGCAUUUGAUAGAGCGCCCCGGUGGUACAGACAGACUGGUGCGUGCAGUAUUUGCAAUUGCCGAAUGUGCGCACAACUUUGCGACAGCAGUGCGUUUUUUCGGUCGAAACCAGUAGCGCAUAUUGGAGAAGAAACAGUGGAGGCUUGCUGCUUUUCGUCGCAAUUUAUUCACUUCGAUGGUUGAUGCAUGAUUAGAAAAAUAGCGUUCAUCAAAGCUGCAUGCGUGCCCACGCGAACCGUGACCGUUUUCCGUGGAAGUGUCUGCGGUCAUUCACUUUUGUCCAACCUGUGCAGCGGGCACCGCAUUGUAUAUUCGCACAUCAUCUUUC